AUGCGUAGACCCGGGGUCAACGGCGACGAGAUGGGCCCAUCGACGUUUGAGCAGGAGCUCAUGCUGCUUGAUGAGAAUGAAAUUAUCAGUGAUGAAGCGGUGCUCGUUGACGAGAAUGAGGUCCUGACUGCUGACGCAAAUAUGACCAUUCCCAAGACCUGGCCAAGACCUCAGGUCCCACAAAUAGAUGCAAGAAGGGAUAAAAUUGUCUUCCAGCAAUUUGACGUGGACUUUUAUAAGGGUGAAAAAGUAUCUGGAAUGCCUGGCUCAAACCACAGUCCAGUUCCAAUCGUCCGUGUUUACGGUGUUACAGAGGGCGGACACAGUGUGGUUGCCCAUGUCCACGGCUUUAUGCCGUACUUUUAUGCGGCCGCGCCACAAAAUUUAAUGCAGGACCAUCUCCAAGAUUUUCGUAAACAGCUCAAUAUGGCCCUUCACCGAGAGCUCAAGGGAAAUCAGACUGAGGGACUCCAGGAAUUAGUCUUAAAAGUUGAAUUGGAGGAAAAAGAAUCCAUCUUCGGUUUUCACAAUAAAGUGAAAUCCAAAUUCCUUCGAAUUACGCUCUCUCUUCCGCGAUUUAUCGCUACCGCGAGGCGCAUCCUAGAAAAUGGCUUUGCUUUUAGUGCUGUCCAUACCCAUUCCUACGCCCCUUUUGAGGCUAAUAUUGAUUUUGAGACGCGUUUCAUGGUCGACAUUAACAUGACUGGGUGUUGUUGGAUCGAGCUACCCGCGACCAAGUACCUUGUGCGGCAGAAGGAUCAAGCAGCGUCCCUUUAUAAAACGACACCGAAAAAGGCGAAAUUGUCACCUCCUUGUGGAGACUUUGUCUCCCCAAUGGUGGAACAGACGAGGUGUCAGCUGGAGGUCGACGUAGCGUGGAAUGACGUGGUUACAUACUCCACUGACGGUGAAUGGAGUAAGAUUGCGCCCAUUAGGAUUCUCAGUUUUGAUAUAGAGUGCGCCAGUCGAAAGGGAAUUUUCCCUGUCCCAGAGCACGAUGCUGUCAUCCAGAUCGCCAAUAUGGUAGUCAAUUAUGGUGAAUCGAAAGCUUUUAUCAGAAAUGUGUUCACCCUUGGCACCUGUGCACCUAUCGUCGGCUCACACGUCAUUUGUUGUUCAACAGAAAGGGAAAUGCUUAUGAGUUGGGCGCGUUUUGUGCGGAUAGUGGAUCCAGACAUGAUCACGGGGUACAACAUGCAGAAUUUUGAUCUGCCCUACUUGGUGAACCGGUGCGCUCAUCUCAAGGUUGCCUCUUUCCCGUUCUUGGGUCGUGUGCUCGGAUCAAAGUCGAUUGUGCGGGAGAGCAUGAUUCACUCAAAACAGAUGGGCCGACGGGAGAAUAAGUACGUCUCAAUUGACGGACGCAUCCAAUUCGAUCUCUUACAGGUGCUGCUCAGGGACUACAAACUGCGAAGCUACACGUUGAAUGCAGUCAGUUACCAUUUUUUGCAAGAACAGAAGGAAGACGUUCAGCACAACAUCAUCACCGACCUUCAAAAUGGAAAUGAUCAAACGCGCAGACGUCUGGCUAUUUACUGCCUGAAAGACGCCUACCUGCCUUUACGCCUUUUGGACAAACUGAUGUCUGUUGUGAACAAUGUCGAAAUGGCUAGAAUAACAGGCGUACCUAUUACUUACCUUCUGAAGCGAGGCCAACAAGUUAAAGUUAUUUCUCAACUGUUAAGAAAAGCGAAGGAACGCGGUUUUCUAUUGCCCACUCAGAGGCCAGGUCAAGGGGACGAAUUCGUGGGCGCCACUGUCAUUGAACCUCUUCGUGGUUUUUAUAACGAGCCAAUCGCAACCCUCGAUUUCUCUAGCCUGUACCCUAGCAUUAUGAUGGCUCAUAAUCUGUGCUACACCACCCUUUUGACAUCGGAGGCUAUCUCCGCAUGCGGGAGUGUUGCAAACCUAUUGUCCAAGUACAAUCUUAGUCCCGACGACUACAUCAAGACACCCACAGGCUGCUACUUUGUGAAAAAGCAUGUUUGCAAAGGCCUGUUACCUCUGAUCUUGGAAGAACUGUUGUCAGCAAGGAAAAAGGCCAAGCUUGAACUGGCUGUUGAAACCGAUCCUUUUAAACGUCGAAUCCUAGAUGGUCGUCAGUUAGCCCUGAAGAUAAGUGCUAACUCUGUCUACGGUUUCACGGGUGCUCAAGUUGGAAAGCUGCCUUGCUUGGAGAUCUCGGGUUCAGUCACGGGUUUCGGUCGUCAGAUGAUUGAAGAGACAAAGCGCUACGUGGAGGAGAAAUUCACCACCGCAAACGGCUAUAAGCAUAAUGCAAUGGUUAUCUAUGGUGAUACGGAUUCCGUUAUGUGCAAAUUUGGUGUUUCGACCGUCGAAGAAGCUAUGGAUCUUGGUCGUGAGGGUGCUGAGUACAUAUCUAGCAAGUUUGUGGACCCCAUUAAGUUGGAAUUUGAAAAGGUUUACUUUCCGUACUUACUUAUAAACAAGAAACGGUAUGCUGGUCUUUAUUUCACAAAACCCGACAAAUAUGAUAAGUUGGACUGCAAAGGUAUCGAAACUGUCCGACGAGACAACUGCCCUCUCGUAGCCAAUCUCGUGAACGCCUGUCUCGAGAGGAUUCUCAUCGACAGAGACGUUUCCGCCGCUGUUGGCUACGCACAGAGUACAAUUUCAGACUUGCUCUGCAACCGAAUCGACAUCGCCCAAUUGAUUAUUAGCAAGGAGUUGACCAAAGCCGAUGAGGAGUACGCUGGCAAGCAGGCUCAUGUGGAACUUGCCAACAAGAUGCGCAAACGCGAUCCCGGUUCUGCACCGCAACUUGGUGAUCGGGUGCCCUACGUCAUCACAGCCGUCGGCGGCAAGAACACCGCAGCCUACGCCAAGGCCGAGGAUCCUCUCUAUGUGCUCAAACACAGCGUGCCCAUCGACGCUAAGUAUUACCUUGAGAACCAGUUGGCGAACCCCCUUAUGCGACUGUUUGAGCCUAUUCUUGGCGAAGCCAAAGCGAAGUCAGCUUUGCUAACUGGCGAGCAUACUUUGGUGAAAUCAGUCGUUCACUCGAAGGUCGGCCAAUUGUCGGCAUUUACACAAAAACGCGCGUCGUGCAUUGGGUGCCGAUCUCUACCGUCUAAAGACAACGAAACGGAGGCGCUGUGCUCCUACUGCCAGCCGAGGGCUUCAGAAAUCUACCAGAAGGAGGCGGAACGCCUACGCUCCUUGGAGGCGCGCUUUGCUCGUCUUUGGACUGAGUGCCAGCGUUGUCAGGGCAGCGUUCACGAACAAGUAAUUUGCACAAGCCGUGACUGUCCGAUCUUCUACAUGAGGACAAAAGUGCAAGCGGACCUGGACGAGCAUGUGGACGUUAUUAAACGUUUCCAGGAUCCAUCGUGGUAG